AUGGAUGGCAGGUAUACACGAAGCAUCGAUGAAUACGAACUAAUUAUACCAAGAAAAUUAGAAAACGAUGGACGAUUCAAGACGUACCAAAUACCUCAUUAUUUCGACCGCGAAGAACUUAAGGCACAGAAUUCAAAGGCAGAAGAAGUAUUUUACUUGGUUACGUUCGAUGGAACUCACAAUCAUUUGGAGUUGUGGCCAAAUCAUCGCUUUGUAUCUAACGAUGCGAUAUUUGAACGGAGAGAACCCAACGCAAACGUACAAUCCAGAAAUAUACGGAAACAGCAUGACAGUUUGUGUUACUACCACGGAAGAAUUAAGAAUAAACCUGGCUCGCGCGUUGCAUUAUCCACAUGUUAUGGUCUGGCAGGUUACAUCGUAAUGGACGGCAGGCGAUACUUUAUAGAACCUGCUGCCGAAUAUGAGCCGAACGGAAGAGGGCAGCAGCUACAUUUGGUGCAUAAAGGGCGCGAGGACACUGAAAGUAAACGAGGACAGGAAGGUAAUUGUGGUACGUCACCAAAUUGGGAGGAUGCUUGGAAACUGAGGUUCUAUGAGGAAUACUCGAAAACACCCUUCAGUAAGAGAAGUAGUCUAAUCAGUGUACCGAGAUAUUUGGAAACACUCGUGGUCGCAGAUAAAAAGUUCUUAGAAUAUCACAAGCACACCGAUCAUGACAGCUAUGUCUUAACUAUUAUGAACAUGGUGUCCGAUUAUUACCACGACGCAAGUUCGGGUCAUCAGCUACAUGUGGUCGUCGUGCGCGUGAUGUAUUUGGAAAAGGAGGAACAAGAAAUUGAUCUGGUAAUCAACCCGAAUGCGGAAGACACUUUGGCAAGUUUCUGUAAAUGGCAAGAAAAGGUGAAUCCUAAGGAUACUCAGCAUCCAAAUCACCAUGACAUUGCUGUAUUACUGACAAGGUACGAUAUUUGUGCGGAUAGUUUGACAAAUUGUGGUCUUAUGGGACUGGCUUAUGUUGCGGCAGCGUGCACUUCUGAUAGGCCAUGUGCCAUCAACGAAGACGGAGGGCUCGUGUUAGGGAUUGUGGUGGCGCACGAAAUGGGACACGUUAUGGGCUGUUCACAUGAUACCGAAGCGGAAUCGGGAUGUAAACCUCAAGCUCCAGAUAAUUCAUAUCAUGUAAUGUCUCCCUUUGUGCACCUUCAUACUACUAUUUGGUCGACGUGCAGUAGAGUAUUUAUGAAUGAAUUAUUUGAUAACAAUUUGGGGGAGUGCUUAAAUGACGAGCCUCAGGAAUCGAUUUAUAAAGAAACGAAUAUGAUGCCGGGAGCUGUUUACGACGCAAAGUAUCAAUGCAAUAUGGCUUACCCAGGCUCGGAAGUAUGCGGAGGUUCUCCAGACCGAUUUUGUAAGCAGUUAUUAUGCAAAGUGACUCCUACAACUUGCAUGUCUAACGGUGAACCACCGGCUGAUGGUACUAAAUGUGCUGAAAAUAAAUGGUGCUACAACACAAAAUGCAUCGAAAUUGGAAGUCGGCCAGAAGCUAUUAAUGGGGAAUGGGGCGAAUGGAGCAGUUGGACCCCGUGUUCGAGAUCUUGCGGGGGUGGACUUAGUUACUCUGAACGUGAAUGUAACAACCCGCCUCCGAAGCAUAAAGGGCAUUACUGUCUUGGGGACAGAAAGAAAGUUAAAAUAUGUAAUACUGUGCUUUGUCCAGAAGGCGCGAAAAGCUUUCGUGCUGUACAGUGCAGUGAAUUCGAUAAGAAACCGUUUCAAGGCAAACUUCACAAGUGGGAACCGUUUCCUAGGAAAGAAGAACCGUGCGUCCUAUACUGUAUAAAUGAAAGGAGGGUCUACUCCAAAUUAGCGCCUAGGGUUAAGGAUGGAACGAAAUGUAAAAGCGGAACCAAAGACAUGUGCAUUAGUGGAAGCUGCAAAAAGGUGGGAUGCGAUUACAUUAUUGACUCGGAUGCGAUUGAGGACCAAUGCGGAAUUUGUAAGGGCGACGGCACUCAGUGCAAAAUAGUCGAGGAAACGUAUUACGAUGCUCCCGGUCAUGGAUACGUGAAGGUGGCGACGAUAAUGAAGGGUAGUCGUAAUGUCUAUUUUGACGAACUCAAACCUUCGGACAACACAAUUGCCGUUAGUGCCGCCGACGAGAAGAAGUUUUAUUUAAACGGCGACUUCACGGAACAACAGGAUGGAGUUCACGACGUUGGGGGUGUCGAGGGUAUCUACAAUCAUCCUGAGCCUAACAAAGAAAGUUUGGUAAUAUACGGCCCAUUGAAAGAAGAUAUUGUGUUAUUUGUAAGUUUCAAUGUUUCUCCGUUCUGA